AUUUUCAAUAAACAAAGGAAAAAAGAAAACACCCCCCAAUAAAAUAAAGAAGAAGAAGAAGAAUAAACCUAGAAAAAGAAACCCAACCCCACUUCCCUUCCUUCCACAAAAAGAAGAGGAAAGCACAAAUUAAUCCUACUCCAUUAAAUUUUCUUUCCCUUCUUCUCCCCCACACUACAUUCACCCUUUUCUAUCUCUCUUCCCCUGCCCUGAUCAAAACUAACCAAUUUUCUUGGAAGUUAACUAGAAUCCAAAUUGCUCUAUCCACCAAAGUAACAAACACCCUCCCAAUUCUCCAAUAUUCAAUCAAUCAUCAAUAUAUCAGAGUCAAAGUUUAUUGAUGUGGGACUGGUGUGUACCUGUUAAUUAAUGGAUACCUUGUUUAGGCUCGUCAGUUUCCAACAACAACAACCUGAUCAAUCCUUCAACUCCACCACCAGCAGAACAACAACAUCAAGCAGCUCCAGAUCCUCCAGACAGAACAACUAUCACCACUACCCACAAGAAGACGAAGAAUGCUUCAACUUUUUCAUGGAUGAAGAAGACCUUUCCUCUUCUUCCUCUAGACAACAACAACAACAACAACACUAUUAUCCUAACUAUCAGCCCCACUUUUCCACUAACACCACCCCCACACCACCCCCCACCACCACUGACUUCAACUUCGAAUUCUCCGGCAAGUGGGCCCACGACAUCCUUCUCGAAACCGCGCGUGCCGUUGCUGACAAAAACACCACCCGCGUCCAGCAACUUCUCUGGACGCUCAACGAGCUCAGCUCCCCUUACGGCGACACUGAACAAAAACUCGCCGCGUAUUUCCUCCAAGCCUUCUUCAGCCGCAUCACCGACGCCGGAGACCGCACCUACCGGACACUCACCACCGCGUCGGAAAAAAUCUGCUCCUUCGAAUCAACACGCAAAACCGUCCUGAAAUUCCAAGAGGUCAGCCCCUGGACAACCUUCGGCCACGUCGCUUGCAAUGGCGCCAUCUUAGAAGCCUUCGAAGGGGAAUCGAACCUCCACAUCGUCGACAUCAGCAACACCUAUUGCACUCAAUGGCCUACUCUCUUCGAAGCACUCGCCACCCGCGCCGACGACACGCCGCACCUCCGUCUCACCUCCGUCGUCGCCACCGGCGGCUCCGUCCAGCGUGUGAUGAAGGAAAUCGGCGCCAGGAUGGAGAAAUUUGCUCGACUCAUGGGCGUUCCGUUCAAAUUCAACGUCGUCCACCACGCCGGCGAUCUCUCCGAACUCAACCUCUCCGAUCUAGACAUCAAAGACGACGAAGCCUUAGCAAUCAACUGCGUCAAUUCCCUGCAUUCGGUAACCGCAAUCGGUAACCGUCGCGACGCGUUGAUAUCUUCCCUGAGGCGGUUACGGCCGAGGAUAGUGACGGUGGUGGAGGAGGAAGCGGAUUUGGAUAUCGGAUUCGACGGAUUUGAAUUCGUGAAGGGAUUUGAAGAAUGCUUGAGGUGGUUUAGGGUUUAUUUCGAGGCAUUGGAUGAGAGUUUUCCGAGGACGAGUAACGAGCGGUUGAUGCUGGAACGGGCGGCGGGGAGGGCGAUCGUUGAUGUGGUGGCGUGUUCGGCGGCGGAAUCGAGGGAGAGGAGGGAGACGGCGGCGAAGUGGACGCGGCGUAUGCAUGGAGCGGGGAUGAAUACGGCGGCGUUUAGUGAGGAGGUUUGUGAUGAUGUGAGGGCGUUGUUGAGAAGGUAUAAGGAAGGGUGGUCGAUGACACAGUGCUCCGAUGGAGGGAUAUUGUUGACGUGGAAGGAGCAGGCGGUGGUGUGGGCCAGUGCAUGGAGGCCUUGACGACGUGAAGGAGGGAGGAAGGGGAAGAAAGCAUGACUCCAACUCUCUCCAAGUUAGUUAUUCGCACGUGUUCGAGGUUCUUUUGGCACGUGUGUGAGUGGGUUUUUGGGUGGUGAUGGAUUUUGAUUUUUUUUCUUUCUUUUUUUGAGUUUGGUAAGUAAGACAAUAUGGGAUUAAUUGAAGGUUAUCAGGGUGGACUUUGCAUGUAUUGAUUAAUGAAAAAAAGGAAUCAAGAACUAUAAACUGAUUUUUAUUACAAACUUUUUUUUUGAAUAUUUCAUGCUAUUUUUUAGUUGUGGAGUAUAGUACAAGUUGUGACUUUACAUAUAUGUAUCAAUUGUAAUGAAUUAAUGAUAUUUUAAGGUGUGUUAAGAGUAGUUUA